GAAAGAGUUUCAGUCAAUAAUCCUAAAUUCAAUUGUCAAAUAACAUCAGUUCAAAGCUAAAGAAGUUAAUUUUAAUGCAUUUUAUUUGUCUGUUUACCUGAAAAAAGCAAAAACUUUUUUUGUUGAAAUUUUUUUUUGUAGUUUAAUUAGUAAUUGUAUAUUAGUGAAAGAUGUCAAGACAAUCGUGUCCUCACUUGCAGAACAUCGUGCAAACUAAUGCGUCGGACCUCUGUUUGCAGAAAAAGGGUAAACUGUGUGCUGAUUGUCUUCAACAAGGACCCAAUUUAUGGCUAUGCUUGCAACAAAACUGCUUGUACAUUGGCUGCUCAGAUAAACACAAUGAUCACAGCACAUUACACUUUGAGUCAAAUCGGAAUCACUGCAUUCAAAUGAAUUUAUCGUCACAGCGAGUCUGGUGCUACCUUUGUGAAUCGGAAGUGUUUCUACAGAAUCAGAAUAAUCGUUAUCAUCAACGUGUCAAUUCAUUGGAUUCAAAUGACAGUGGACGUAGAAUAUUCCAGUAUGAUCGAACCAGUGAAACAAGCAGCACCAAUAAUAAUAAUAAUAAUAGCAAUUCUAGGAAUUAUGAUAGCAGUGAAAUUGAAGAUGAUGAAAAUGACUUUCAAGGACAUCAUUUAAACGGUCUCGUUGGACUAAAGAAUAUUGCAAAUACAUGCUACAUGAAUUCAGCCCUUCAAGCACUUAGUAAUUCUCCACCAUUGACUGGAUAUUUUCUAGAAUGUGGAAGUAUUGUCCAAAAUACAGUAUCACGUUCCAAAAUUGGAUUAGCAAAAAGUUACCAUAGAUUAAUUCGGGAUAUGUGGCUUAAUAAGCGAAGAGGAUAUAUUGUACCUGAUGAGAUAAUUCGAGGAAUUAGUACAAUACAUCCAAUGUUUCGUGGAUUUCAGCAGCAUGAUACACAAGAAUUUUUAAGAUGCUUUAUGGAUCAAUUACAUGAAGAAUUAAAGGAAGUAACUCCGCCACCGCCUGAACAAUUAAUAAAUGAAGAGGAAAUGAAUGUUGACUCAUCCCCAUGCCCAUCACCAUCAUUAAGUCAAUCGGAAGCUGAAGAAUAUGAGACUUGUGACAGUGGAGUAUCGGAACAAUCAAGCUUAUCGGACGAAAUGGCGCAUAAUAAUAGAGCUAAGAUUGUAUCUCGAUCGCCAAGUCCUCCAAAGCUUCAUACAUCAUCGUCAAUUCCAACAAUUGGAAGCAGCAUUUUAACAAAUCGUACUGGAUCGAAUACAAGCUUAACUUCACAAUCAGGUCAACAAGCUCAACAACAAAAGGAUACGCCAGCGAAUAAUAAGCAACAAAAAAUUUUUCAUCGAUCUAUAAUAAGUGACAUUUUUGACGGAAAAUUGUUGUCGUCUGUUCAAUGUUUAACUUGUGACCGUGUAUCGACACGCGAAGAAACUUUUCAAGAUUUAUCACUUCCAAUUCCAGGCAGAGACUAUAUUAAUGUAUUACAUCAAUCCCAAAAUCCAACAAUGCUGAAUACGCCUAUUAAUAAUCCACUAAUUGGAAAUAACAAUUCAGCAACAUGCACAGAUGUUGUCUAUGCUCAAGAUAGUUGGAUGUGGUGGGUUUGGAAUUGGUUUAGAUCAUUCUUUUGGGGACCAUCUGUGACUCUACAUGAUUGUAUGGCUGCAUUUUUUAGUGCUGAUGAAUUAAAAGGCGAUAAUAUGUAUAGUUGUGAAAAAUGCAAUAAACUUCGUAAUGGCUUGAAAUUUUCACGAGUCUUGACUCUACCCGAAAUGCUUUGUGUGCAUUUAAAACGUUUUCGUCACGACUUGUCGUAUAGCUCGAAAAUUUCAAGUCCUGUAAUUUUCCCAUUAACUGGAUUAGAUAUGCGACAAUAUUUACAUAAAGAUUGUAGAUCAAAAGUAUCAACGUAUGACUUAACAGCCGUAAUUUGUCAUCACGGAACGGUUGGAAGUGGACAUUACAUUUGUUAUGCUAAACAUGGUCCAACAGAUCGAUGGUUUGAGUAUGAUGAUCAGACAGUAACGCAAGUUUCGGCUGAAACUGUACAAAAUUGUGAGGCUUAUGUAUUAUUCUAUCAAAAAAACAAUCCACAAAUGUCUCAAUUUAGAGAUCAAGCGGAUGAAAUCAUUAAUUCUAUGCGAUAUAUGCCAUCGGAUAUUAAGUUCUAUAUUUCACGUCAAUGGCUUAAUCGUUUUCAUACAUUUUCGGAACCUGGUCCUAUCGAUAAUUGGUCAAUUCUUUGUCAACAUGGAAAUUUAUUACCAAAAGCUGCAAGUCAAUCUGAUUUACUAGUUCCAUUACCACAAGCUUUAUGGGACUUUUUCUAUGAAAAAUUUGGCGGUGGUCCUGUAACAAAUUGUCCAAUUGAAUGUGAUACAUGCAAAACAAGAGCUGAGGAUCUACUAAAACGUCAAAAGAGUGAAUUGUUAUUAUUCUCUGAGCUACGUGAAGAAUUCCAAUAUCAAGACAGUUCAUCAAUGUUAUUUGCAAUUUCUAUGGCUUGGUUUAGACGCUGGCAAGCAUUUGCACGAUGUGAGACGACUGAAGAGCCUGGUCCAAUUAAUAAUACAGCUAUAGCACUUCAGUCAGAGACUAUGCCAAUUAGAAAUGUCAGAGCUGGUUCGGAUUAUGCUCAAAUUAAUUUCAAGCUUUGGAAAUUCUUCUUAACAAUCUACGGUGGUGGACCUGAAAUUAUUUUAAGAGGUGCUAGUGAAUUUACAAGAAAAGAGAGUGACUUAGCUGAAACAACUGAGAAUUUAUCGUUAAAUGACAACGACGACGAUGACGAUGAGAACAAAAGCGAAUCAAAUUACGAGCAUAUGAAUGGAAAUACUGUCGAAAAUGAAGAAAUACAGGAAGAAAUAGAAAUUAAGGAACAGCCGAGAAUUGUAGAAGAAAAAAUGCCAUCAUUAAAACCAAUUAAAACCGUUUCAUUUGAGGAUGAUGGAAGAGACAUUAGUGAAAGUGACGAGGAAAGCUCUAAUCAAGCUAAUGACGAUAAAAUCCCGUCUAAAGCAUCCCAAAAUCCAAGUAACGGAAGUGGGGAUUUAAAUAAUAGAAUUAAGAGAGUUAAAAAGACAAAGACAACGACGAAAACGUUCGAAUCACACCGUGACAGAAGACGUCGUGAACACAGUCAUUCAUUUGGUGCUGAAGGUACGAUAAGAUACAUUCCUGAUGAAGAUAGUAUUAAUAACAAUGAAAAUGAGCCGCAAAGAAGUGCAUCGCAGACAAAUGCAAAAAUUAAACGCAGUAAUGGCAUUGAAAUGUCAUCGGACGACGAGGAAGUUGCUGAAUUGACGGCAAUAAGUGAGAAUGAGAAGCAACGUUGGAACAAAAAGAAGUCGAAAUCGAUAAGGAUGAAAUAAGGCGAUAGAUAGGAGAAUUUUAAAUUAUUAAUGACAUAAAAUAUGUUCUUGUGCCCACGUUAUUAUUUAUAUUCUGUUUAUUUGAGUAUCCUUUCAUGUUUUUUUUUAUUACUAUUCAGG